GUGACGUCACGUCCCUCACGUGUCCCCUGUCCCGUCCCCACCCCACCAGCCACAUCCAGGUGCGGGCAGGAGAGCACAGCCUGGUCACGGUGACGGGGCAGGAGCAAUACGCCGUGGCCGCGGAGGUCGUGGUCCACCCCGACUUCAACUCCGUGGACGGGGACAACGCCUACGCCCAUGACCUCAUGCUGUUGCGCGUCGAACCCCCCUUCACCAUCACCCCCUACGUCCAACCCUUGACCUUGCCCUCAAGUCCGCCGGCCACCGGUACCGACUGCACCGUCAUGGGAUGGGGCACCACCACCAGCCCCCAAGAGUCCUUCCCUGACACCCCCCAGUGCGUCAACGUCACCGUGGUGGGUGACAGCCAGUGCCAGAUGGUCUACGGCAGCAAAGUCACCGAGGACAUGUUGUGCGCCGGCGUGGCUGCGGGGGGCAGGGACUCCUGCCAGGGUGACUCGGGGGGACCCCUCAUCUGCAACGGGGUCCUUCAAGGCAUCGUCUCGUGGGGUGACCACCCCUGCGGGCAGGUGGGGAAGCCAGGGGUCUACAGCCAGGUCUACAACUACCUGUCAUGGAUCCAGAAGACAAUCGGGGAAGACUGA